GGUGCCGCCUUUCCACCCACUCACGUCAUCCCUGUGCUUUCAUGCGCCAAAAAGGUUCAGAGGCAUCCAGCCCGCCAGCCUCGCCAGAAAAUACUCCAAUCCGUCAUCGCGCUUGUGCAGCAACUCCUCAAUUCUUUCAGCAACCCACACAUUACAUCAGAUCACUGUUUUACGGCCUGGAAUAACUACGGAAUAGUCACAAUGACUCCCCCGAUAUGAAUACAACAAUAAAAAGUCGGCUGUGGUCCCGAUUAUGGGAUUCCGGCAGUCAGUCAUUGGCAUCUGGGAAUUGCAGAUCCAAAAGCUUCGAGAGGUCUUUCAAAACUCCCUUGGUAUAUUCGCAUACGACCCAGCGAUCAUUUUCCUGCAGUCGACCGCAAGUACCACUGAUCGAUACGCCGCGGAAUGUAUUUGCUACGAGGAAAACCUUUACUUCUUGUGGACUUUUGUUCGUGAACGUCAGCCCUAGCUCAAGCACGAGCACAUCGCCCACGAUCGCAGUUUUGUUCGAGAAGUCUUUAUAUUCAACAACGCUCCCUAAAAAAUCGAUCAUAUCCAUCACAAAUCAGCACCCAUGUCGAAGAAAAAUUCAUUCUACUGGCAGGAAACGGAAAGGCGUGGUUUCGAAGAGGAAUAAGAGUUCUGCAUCGAGCGGACAAAACGGAAAUAAGAAUCUUCAGAAUGGGAACGGGAUCAGAAAUGCAGCAAAGGUGCCACCACCUAUCGCAGCAUCCAAAAAGUCUGAAGUUUCCAACCUCAAAGUCGAUACAGAGUCCCACAGCUAUCUCCAUUUACCCCACAUGCCGCAUAGGCCAACAAAAGAGGAACUUCUUGCAGCAGCAACUGGGUUUUGGUCACGAUUAAAGGUUCGUUUCAAGUGGUUCUCUAUAAGAAGUUCUCGACCAUGGAACGUUGACGAUUGGAGUGCGUUUGUCUCCUGGUUCGUCCUCGGAAAUAUCGUAUGGAUUCUGGUUGGGACGACUACAUUCUUCUCUCUUGUGAUAUUUUCAAUAAAUACUGUCUUCGCUCAAGGUUGGUCAUUUCUAUAUAACGGAAUCCAUAAUCAAAAGCUAACCUCAGAUAGAAACAUUGGCAAGAUGGAUCGGUGACUAUUUAACACAAUCAGCCGGUAUCAAGGUUGUCUUUGAGUCUGCAGUAGUACCAAAAUGGAAGAAUGGAGUCAUUACAUUUCAUAAUGUCUUCGUUUCAAGGAGGCCAGGUCAAGAGAAGGCUAAAGUAAAGAAGGGAUCAUCAAUCAGUGCAGCGGCCGCCGCCGCAGCAGAGAGACAGGCGGAAUCAGAAGGGCGAGCCGCAAAGGAGGAAGGUGAGGAAGACACCAACUAUACUCAGUUCGACGUUACAAUCAGUACCGUCAAUGUGACGCUCUCUUUCGUGAAGUGGUGGAAUGGAAAGGGACUUCUCCGAGACGUUGAGGUCAAGGGGGUUCGAGGUGUCGUUGAUCGGACCUCGGUUUAUUGGCCCGCUGAAUACAUUGAUCCUAGGACAUAUCGCCACGAGCACCGUAUCGGAGAUUUUGAGAUUGAUUCUUUCAAGAUGGAAGAUUUACUAAUAACUAUACACCAACCAAAUGGGUUUCGUCCGUUCUCCGUCAGCAUUUUCAAUUGUGAGCUUCCUCAACUGCGCAAACAAUGGCUCUUUUACGACUUCUUAUCCGCCAACAAUAUGUCCGGAGCGUACGAUGGAUCUCUUUUUACCAUCCAUCCACGUCAAAUGCAUGCCUUUGCUGGAGAACGUUAUGACGAGGAUGAGGGGGGAACGAAUCCAUGGAAGAAGCAUAGUAGGCUUCGAAUAGACGGCCUCAAGAUUGAUCACCUCAAUCGAGGUGUAGAUGGACCAUUUGGUUGGAUUCACGAAGGAGAUGUGGAUAUCGUUGCGGAUGUGAUGUUCCCGGCGGAGACUGAUGAUAGUAUUGCAAAAGUAAUGUCUGAUUUCUACGACCGUAUGGAAGCAACAGUCACUUCGAACAGGUAUAUGCACAUUCUUGAGAACCACCCUAGAACUGCGGACCUCAAUACCCCAGAGAACAGAGCUGCCAUGGAAAGCAAGCUUCGCAAAGAUGAUGAAAAGCGAUUUCUUGUGAUGGAUCUUCGUGUUCAUCUCAACGAUGUCAAGGCCGCUGUGCCUUUGUUUACACGAGAUCUUUCUUAUACCAACCAGGCUCUCAUUCGACCGAUUGUUGCGUACAUAAAUUCGCAGAAGACAUUUAUACCCAUCAACUGUCGAAUUGUGAAACGAGCUAGCGAAUUCGAUGGUAGCUGGACCAUCUUUGAUAGUGGGCUUAUGGAGGAUUUGUCGGCGGAAACUUAUGAAGCAUUCGCAAAAGACGUGGUAGAUACCCAACAACGAAUGAGAAGAUUGAAGAAAGUGGGGUUCUGGUCUAUUUCCUUGAUGGUUCAGGCAUUGUUUAUGGGCAUGGCGGGAAACAUUGCAUGAGGCUGGGAUGAUACCUCUUGCUCAUGAUUUAUUCCACUCACUCCCUUAUGAAGACGGAAACGGAGACGAACCCCUUUUUUUGGUUCAUAAAAAGUUUGGGGUUGGCGCUCUGGGUAGUAGAGUAAGCAAGGGACUUUUGAUGAUAAAUGACCACCAGGGGGAUUACAAGGCGCUUGGUUUGGGGGGAAACUGGUUUGUUUAUAUGAUACACUGACUGGCGUUCUUUUUUUCUUCCUAUUCUUUGGAGUUUGAGCGAUUGUCAAAAAUGGGAUUGUGUGGAAUGGAUGGGUUUGGGAGGGUGAUCUAUAGAUGUUCAUAGGUUACAGUAUAUGAUGAAUAUUUAAUAACGAGGUUUUUGAG